UGGUAAUUUGGCCGGUGAAAUUAUAUGAGAAAGAGGCAUUACGCCAACUAAGAGACACGGCAUGUUACCAACGUCUUCCAUUUAACCCCCUUCAGAAAUUUCAGAAUGAGUUACACAAAAUUCGGAUUGAUGCUAAUGCACGGGGUCUAAUCACGUCACAACAAAUGGAAUGUUUAGUGGUACCUAGUCCCACCAUUUCAACAUUCUAUAUGUUACCAAAAGGUACAUGAGAAUUUACAACAACCACCGGGACGCCCAAUAGUUGCAGGCUGCAACAACAUGUGCGAACCUAUAUGCCAAAUGAUUUAUCAUAUCUUAUGGCAGAGUGUGGAGACUUUACCAUCUUUUUUACAGGACACCACUGAUGCCCUCAGAAGAUUUGGGGGCAUACAACUGGAUCAAGAAGCACUUAUAGUGACUUGCGCCGUGGAGGCGCUGUAUACCUCCAUUCAACAUGAGGAUGGCCUAGAAGCAACAAGAUUCUUCCUAUCCAUGACAGACAAUACUCCCGAAUUUGGUGAGUUUAUCAUCCAAAUCCUUAGGUUUGUGCUUACGCAUUAACUUUUUUAUGUUCAAGGAGACAUUUUAUGUCCAAAAACAAGGCACGGCCAUGGGCGCGGCAUGCGCACCGGCCUAUUCCAACCUGUUUCUAGGUUAUUGGGAGAGAAAGAUCUUCUUGACAGAUCCCCACCCCAUGAUUGAUAGAGUGCAGUGCUGGGCCCGCUAUAUAGAUGACAUUUUAUUUAUAUGGCAGGGCUCAGCAGCAGAACUCUAGAGAUUCAUGUCGGACCUCAAUGAUAAUAACCUCAAUAUUAGGUUAACAUAGAUUUCAUGUGGAUGAUGAGGGGAUGAUCCAUAGGAAAACAACUGCUGUUAACUCACUUUUAAAAUAUGAAUCUUCACAUCCUAGGAAACUGGUGCAGAGCAUACCCAUAGGUCAAUUUUUGAGGAUUAGGAGGAUUUGCUCUACGGAACAGGAUUUUGAAAAACAGGCGGAUGAAUUGAAAACAAGGUUUCGUGAUCGUGGCUAUAGUGAGAAAUGGAUCAGGAGUGCAUAUUGGCGGGCUAAACAUUCUAAAAGAGAAACAUUGUUACAGCACAAGCGGACACUAAAGAAAGACAAUCGGGUGAGAUUUAUCACCAAAUUUCACGCUCAAACGGAUGCAAUCCAUGAAAUUUUGAAGAAAUAUUGGAGCAUACUUCCCUUAGAUCCAAUAUUAAAACUAUAUGUUCAGAAGUACCCCUCAGUGACAUAUAGAAGGGCCACUAACUUAAAAGAUAUUCUAGUAAGAAGUCACCAUAGGGGCACAAGACCGGAAAGAGCAUUCGGUGGCAAAGGACCCAAGUGGGGUUGCAAAACAUGUGGAAGAUGCGUAGCCUGCACUAAUAUUGAGAGCACCAAUGUUUUCUUUGAUUCCCAGGGCAAGGAAUAUAAGAUCACCCACACAAUUACAUGCAAUACAAUUGGUAUUAUCUAUCACGGUACAUGUGGAUUAAUAUAUAUUGGACUUACUACCCGUGAACUGAGAAGAAGGGUGAGAGAACAUGUACUGGGAAUCCUGGCCGCAGCAAAUGAAGAGGACAAAGAAAAACAUGGAUGUGAUCCCACUGGAUUCCGGAUCAUACUUGGGAUGUCUGGUGUUUUAUUCAUCUUCACUCACCUUACUUUUGCAUGGUGGUUUGUCCGGGCUGCCAGGAACACAAAGAGAACAUUCAUGCGGAUAAUCUCAUGCAGGGCAUUCCCCGACUGUGAGCGAAUGCAGAGUGCCCGCUGGCUCAUGACCAGCUCUGCUGGCAGCGUGCAGCCCUCCGGCUCGGUGUGUGCCAGGCCCAGCGCGGCGCAGGAAUCUUACACUACUCAAACAGAUUGUGCCGGGGCGGCAUCAUCCCCUGAGUGGAUCAUCAUGUGCCCCAGAAAUCCUUCUAUACCUGCUCCUGUCUUGUCACAUUAAAGAAUCUGUUCCUUAGAAAGGUGGGUGAUAACCUAGCCAUCACUUCAGCUCCCACCCAGCUUUCCUACAGCCCUGACAAGACAAAAUCUACCUUUUAUGUAGCGGUAAUCUAAUCUGGGUAGAGGAGGUCUGGGAAAAGCAGAAUGCUCUUUACAAAAACUGUAUGACAACCCCUCUGAAAGCCAUACUGGUUGUCAUCCAACUUUCCCAGAUUCCUGAAUUUCAAAUCUUCCUGGUACAGGCCUCACACCUAUCACUAAUGCAGCUCAAAAACCAUGUGGCGGUCAUAUUGGUCUUCACCCAGCUUUCCCUGCUUAAAAAAAUAAAAAAACAAGUCUAAGGGUAUGUUCACAUUGCAGAAUCUCCGCUCGCAGAAUUCCGCGAGCGGAAAUUUCGUCUGGUGGACGCUGCCAAAAAUACUUCGGCGGUAGGACCGCACGGAACUGCGCCGUCACCAUUGACUGCUAUGCGGUGCUCAUGGAAUUCCGCGCAAAGAAAGAACAUGUUCUUUCUUUGCGCGGAAGAAUUUCAGCAGCAGAAUUGUCCGCCGCUGAAAUUCCUCAGUGUGAACGGGUCUCGCGGAAGUCCCAUUCACACUGAUGCUAAUGUUCACUGCGCGAAAUUGCGCAGUGUGAACGCACCCUUACAGACAGAAUAGAAACCUCCC